AAGACUUAGCGCGUGAAAAAAACGUGCCUGUACAGAUCGAUUAUCACAAUGAACAAUGCUUCAUUUUCGCACAGAGUAGUAUCGGCCGGAAACGCGAUAAAAUGGCUCGUUUCUCUAUCUCGCGGUGGUCCACUUUCGUAGUGCUACUGGUGUCGAUUAUGGCGAUAGGAUGUCUCACACUAGCUGUUGAUCCUGCGCCCAUCCCAGAGGAGUAUCCGGAUAUGAUUUGCGAUCGAUUGAACGAAAGCUAUGAUCCAUGUGGGAGCGGUUGUGGUGAUUUGACCUGUCAGAACGUGCGCAAGAAUAAUAUCCAGUGCGGCCGGCAAUGCAAGGAGGGUUGCUUCUGCAACAGAGGAUACGUUCGCAGUCGCAGCGGUAGUUGCGUGCCCUCGUACACUUGUGCUACCUUUGGUUAACGUUUGGUGAUGAAUAAAAUAGAGAAAGUAGAAAACGUGGUUGGAGGUAAUGUCGAUUCGGCAAUAAAAGAUGACUAUCUCAUACUGUAGCAUGUAAUGUUUCACUCACACACAACAAUUAAAGUCACAUUGGUUUAGUA